UAAUACACACAGAAACACACACACACUUAUAUAACCAAAGUGAAUCCUCUGUCUUUUAACAUAUCAAGAUAAUCAUCCAAGAAGAUGAAGAUGAUCAUGAAGGUGAUCUUGAUGGUGAUGAUGAUGAUGGUGUUGGUGAGUGAAGCAAGUAUGAUAGAUCAGACAUGUAAAGAGACACCAGACUUCAAUCUCUGUGUCUCUCUACUCAACUCCGAUCCACGUGGCUCCUCUGCCGACACCUCUGGUCUCGCUCUCAUCCUCAUCGAUAAAAUCAAGGGACUGGCGACAAAGACCUUAAACGAGAUCAACGGUCUAUAUAAAAAGAGACCGGAACUAAAACGAGCUUUAGACCAAUGUAGUAGAAGAUACAAAACGAUCAUAAAAGCUGAUGUCCCCGAAGCCAUUGAAGCUAUCUCUAAAGGAGUCCCCAAGUUCGGCGAAGAUGGUGUGAUCGAUGCCGGUGUCGAAGCUUCUGUUUGUGAAGAAGGGUUUAAAGGGAAGUCUCCGUUGACUAGUUUAACCAAAUCAAUGCAAAAAAUCUCUAAUGUGACUAGAGCCAUUGUGAGAAUGUUGCUUUGAUAUGUGUUUAUACAUACAUGUAUGUUUUAUCGUGUUUGAUGGGAAUGCUAUAUCCUCUUCACAAAAAUAAAAGAAUUUGAAGUCCA